AUGGAAUUCAACAAACGCUGGAACGAGCACCUACGACGGGAAGCCUCAAAAUUGAAGUUCAAGGUUCGGUGCCCGACGUGCAACCACGAAAUCCCUCAGGAUGGCGCCAAGGCUGUGUUCGCGAAACAUUACUCGGAUUCUCACCCCGAACUGCUUGCUGAAAAUACCACCGAGGAAGAAAGAGCCGAGUUCAUACAGGCUCAAUGGGAGGCUGCCCAGCCGCCGGCCGACAGGCCAAUGGCUACCCGCAAGAAGGCGGCGCCUCACCCGGUAGCAGGCUCCGGGGACCGUGUAACCAAGAGCCCCACCCCGAGCAUCAAGAGGGAAGGGUCCAAGUCUCGGAGCAUGUCGCCCCCGAAACGGUCCAAGGCUCGGGCCGCAGCUCUUCCGGCGGGAGAGGACAACCUGGCCGACGUCCCCAGGGGCGCCUAUCAGGGGAAGUUGUGGACCGACGGUGACGCCCUCGCCUCCCGCCGCCCAUAUGACAAGUCCAAUGUUGCCAGCAAUCAACGCCACCGCACUUCCUCUGGCUCGGCCCCGAAGCAGCACCGCUCAUCUCACGCCCUUCCAGCCCGGGGGCCGGCCCACCCGCCCGCUGAGGACGAUGAUGUGACAGAGAUUAUCAAGCAACCCGAGACGAGGCCCAUCUCCCAAGAACAGCUCGUGGCCGAGGUGAAGGGCAUCUACGCCGGCCUCGUAUUAGUGGAGAGCAAGUGCAUCGAAGUGGACAAUAAUCAAAGCUCGCAAACGGACCCCGCCAACAAACUCAACCACGAUCAAUGGCAGGCCUUGAUCGCCCUCCACCGGACCCUGCUUCACGAACACCAUGACUUCUUUCUCGCGUCUCAGCACCCCUCGGCAAGCCCGGCAUUAAGAAGGUUGGCUGCCAAGUACGCCAUGCCGGCCCGGAUGUGGAGGCACGGCAUUCACAGUUUCCUCGAACUCCUGAGGCACAGACUUCCGGAGAGCUUGGAUCACAUGCUUACGUUCAUUUACAUGGCCUACUCGAUGAUGGCCCUGCUCUACGAGACCGUUCCUGCUUUUGAGGAUACGUGGAUCGAGUGCCUGGGAGAUCUCGGCCGCUACCGGAUGGCCAUCGAGGAUGACGAUAUCCGGGACCGCGAAGUUUGGACUGCCGUGAGCCGACACUGGUAUUCUAAGGCCUCUGACAAAGCCCCCACAACCGGCCGGCUCUACCAUCACUUGGCCAUCCUCGCCAGACCCAACGCCCUGCAGCAGCUCUAUUACUAUGCGAAAUCGCUAUGUGUGGAAAUGCCAUUCCUCUCUGCGCGCGAGAGCAUCCUGACUCUGUUGGAACCCAUCAUGUCCCGGACCGGAAACCCCCAGCAAAACCGACUCUCCCCUUCCGAGCGCAACUUUGUGAAGCUGCAUGCCAUCUUGUUUAGUGGUAAGCAGCCCGAAGAUUGGGAGAGCACCUUGGAGGCGUUUCUGCAGCCGCUCGAUAACGAUAUCGCCCGCUCCACCCGCCGAUGGCUCGAACCUGGGUACCAUAUCGCCGUUGCGAAUAUCUGUAGCGUGACCGGCUAUGGGGACGACAGCAACCCGAUCGCCGCAGCCCUCAAGGCCUUUUCCUUCUCUCGCACUAAUUCCAAGGAUACUACCGAAUCACAAGACCAGCCCAUGCAAGAUGCCUCCGCCUCAGAAACCCCCUCCUCCAACACCACCCCCGCCAAGCACGCCGCCCCGGUCAAGCAGUUGCCCAACGCGCUCCGCCUCCUUACAGGCACCUACGACAUCGCCUGCCGCCGGUUCGGCGACCCCAACGUCCUUCCCUUCCUGCACGUCACCCUGGUGCUCGUCCACCACCUUACGUUUUGCCCUGACGCUAUGGCCUACGUGGCGCCCCAUUUCCCCUGGAAACUCACGGCUUUCAUGCUGAAUACGUUGUUGAAUGGUUCCGCCGCGGCUUCGCCGUCAGAGACAAGCGUGUCCUCUCAGGCUCUGGCUUCCUUCCUCGAGGGGGGCCGCUUCCCUGGGAGCGAGGUCGGGAAGGAGGACGGCGGUGAGGUGAAGAAAGAGGAGGACGACGCCGUCGGCGUUUCUGGGGUUGGUGUUCGUGCCGGUGCUGGUGCUGGUCCUUCUCCCGGCGCCGGGCGGCGGAAGAGGCCGCUGCCGGAUGAUUUCGCCAUGCGAGGCUUUCCUUGGGUAGAGAAAUACUUCCCCGAUGGUUGGUUCGUCACAGAGGAGAAGAUCGAUGACGAUGAAAAGUAUUUCGAGGUUCUCAGCAUGCAGGGAGAGAGACGGGAACGGAUUGUUUGGCUGGGAUGCCGCAUCGCGGAGAAAGAAGGCGGAAAGUGGCUGCAAUUCGACAAGGAGGCCAUGAGAUUUGGCGUAAACCCAACCUACGACGUCAAACUGGACCUGGAGAUUCCCGGCGGGAUGCCCGCUACUCCCGGGGCGAGCGUAGAUUGUGGGGAACUCCCUGACGCGGGGGCGGUCGCGUGA